CACUAUCGGGUGGCGCAACAGACUUUGGAAUGCUAUUUACGUUCGGUGAACUAUACAUUCUUGUUGAUCGAUCUCGACUCAGACAAGCGCGUCAACGAGAGGUGUCCACACACUCAGUUGUUCUUCAAGAAACACUGUGCAGCAUCAGUGUAUUUGGAAGAUACCGACUGGAUGCUAGUGCUUGACGCAGAUACGGGUACUGUGAAUCCGAAUCANGUAUUGAGGAAUGGAUCGAUACCAGGGUUGAUCUCAUCUUCUAUGAACGAUUCUUCAAUUGGGAAAUUGCAUCUGGGAAUUACCUUUCCGUCUACAGGUCAAGAACACACCAUUCGCUCGCAACUUCCUGAGGAAGUGGGCCGACUGGCAAUAUACGCAGCCAUUGAACUGGAAUGGCGCUGA